GUCCGUGCAGUCGUAGCCCUGUCGAGCCGGAGUGCCGAGUGCAGUUUUGCCUUAGAUAAAAAAUAGAAAAUAUAAUCCAAAAUAGGGAAAGAGGGAAAAUUAAAUAGCAACAAAUAAUCCUCGUAGUCUAGCUCCAAGCGUAUCUGCAGCUGCAUCUGCAUUUGCAUCUGUGUCCGUAUUCGUGUGUACAAACGGGGCAAGAUUAAUCCCCACAGCCAGUGCCAGUGCCAGUGCCCCCAUCAACAUCUCUCCGUCGCCAUCGUCGCAGCAUAGAUACCUACAUUUCGGUGGGUGGGAGCGCAGAGGGGAGCGAGAGCUGGAAAAGUGAAAACGUGAAAACGUGAAAAAGCAUUGCAGUAGUCUCAGUCCGAGUACACGGAGAACGGAACCAUGUCGACGCUUCCCUUUCUACUGAGCGUCGCCGACGAGCUGGACAACAUCCACACACAGUCGUACUUGGACGACUUUGGCCUGGGAUUCCAUCCGCAUCGCCAGUACUAUCGCUCCCCGACCAUCCAGCUCUCGCUGCCGGCCAGCGCGGAGUGGACAGGACGCAGCGGCAGCUGGGACCAGGGCAGGCACAAUCGCUACAGGAGCUACAAGUUCUACGACGAUUCCCAGAACAACCUCGAGGAGGAGGAGCAGCCCGAGGAGGAGGCCUACCACGAGCAUCACGAGCACCAGGAACUGCCAGAGAGCGUACAGCUCCAUGCAGACAGCUCCUCUUCCCAGCAGCUGCUGACAGCCAGUCAGUGUCAGGCGGCACCUGCCAGGAAGGGCUUGGGCAUGGUCGUCUCCAAGUCCCACGAUGUGGGAGUGGGCGGCCUGGGGCUCAACCUGAAGGCGGGCGAGGAGGAAGACGACGAGAACAUCGACCGCACCGUUCGCAUGUACAACCUGUCCAAGAAGUGCUGCAAGAACUACUACCGGCACGCCCUGGAGACCGGGCCGGGGGCCAGCGGGCAGCGGAUCAAGUGCAGCAACCUGCGUUCGGAGAGCAACCAGUCCAGCUCCAGCUCGGAGGAGAGCCUGCGCAAGAUGCCCUCGCCCAUAGAGUUCCUCACGUGCUUCCUGGUCAAGAAGUCCCGGACCCCCAAGUGCGGACACUCUGGGCACUCGGCGUGCACCGGCCAGCAGUUGAAGAAAACAUAGAACGCGGCCCGGCUGCUGCCCGCUCCCCUGCUCUCUGCCAGAACGUCGACUCUGACAUCAUCGACCAGUAUGACCAUGGGCACGGGCACGGGCACGGGCACCGGCACAAGCAGUGGCCUCGGCAUGGGCAGUGGCACGGGAACUGGCUCUGUCUCUGGCUCUGGCUCUGCCUCGGGCACAGCCACGACGGCGACGAAGCGGCGUAGCCAGUGCUUUUGA